UGACAAUAAAUGUGAUUUGAUUUGAUUUGAUUUGAUAGUUCCUCACCUGCUUUGUGCUGAAGUUCACUAUCAGCUCCUUUGUCUUGCUGACAUUUAAAAGGAGGUUGUUCUCCUGGCACCAGUCCUCCAGGCCUUUGAUCUCCUGCAGAUAGGCCCUCUCAUCGUUAUCAGAGAUCAGGCCCACCACAACAGUGUCGUCAGCAAACUUGACAAUGGUGGUGGAGUUGGAAGUGGCCACACAGUCAUAAGUGUACAAUGAGUACAGCAGGGGGCUUAGAACACAACCCUAGGGGGCUCCAGUGCUGAGGGUGAGGGGGGACGGUGAGUCAUGUCUGCCCACUCUUACUGCUUGUGGCCUGUCAGUCAGGAAGCUGAAGAUCCACUGAUGCAGAGAUGGGCUAAAUCCUAGGUCCUUCAACUUGGUGAUGAUCUAGGACUGUGUGGAGGAGAUGUGUAAUGGCAUCGUCCGUUGAGCGAUUUGGACAGUAAGCGAACUGUAAGGGAUCCAGGGUGUCAGGUACUGAGGAGGUGAUGAUGUCUCUGACCAGUCUUUCAAAGCACUUCAUCACAAUUGAGAUGUGCGAGUUACCCAUGCCAUGGGCACUGACACACCCCUGGCCCAUACAGACACUGGCUUUUCGACCUGACGCUGAUAACAGCUUGGAUGGUCCUUUUCCUCUUUGGCCCAGGGAUGGAUUUACAGGAAAGGAGAAAGAAACUGAAAGUUAGAGAAGAAGACUUAUAAAGGGAGCGUGUGGACCAGGUGAGGCUAACAUCUUCUGAGCACAGGUGAACUAACACAUAGCAAGGGACAAAAUGAUGUUCUCAAACUCAAUGACGCUAUGUGCGGGUGGUCUGCUUGUUCUGAGCGCCAGUCUAUGGAGCUGUACAACUGCUCAAAGUGAUGUGGCAGCGGAUUGCUGUUUAACCACCAGCGAUCGGCGCAUUCCUCAGCGGGUGGUCACAUCUUUCACCAUUCAGACCAGUGAUGGAGCCUGCAGAAUUCCUGCCACUGUGUUUGUCACAAAGAGGGGCUUGAAACUCUGUGCACCCUUUCCAAGUACGAGUUCUUGGGUCAGCAAACUGAUUGACAUCAUACUCGCAGGACCGGUACAAAAACCAAAAAAACAUAGAGGAAAGAAACAGAGAAAACAGUAACAAUACAGUUGAUGCAAGUCCAGCUUGGUCUCACACUACAAGCAUCCACUAUGGGACUGAUUCUGCAAUAGAUGCUGAUGGUAGCUAAUCUUUAUAGAAAAUGCUGAGACUCAGGUUUACUACAUGUAUACUUUGGUGUAGCAGGUCAAAAACUAAAUAAUCUACUGUCAUAGGAAUAAGCUUUUUAAGUCUGUUUUUGAGAUGUGAACCCUUCCCUGGUGGUAUAUAUGAAGAGAUUUGAAAAUAUUUCCAUCAUUUUUGUGUUUUUUCUCUGUGUUGCAUAAAGCUAACUUGUUAGAUGUUAAGAUGUUAUUUUUCUACAUUUUUCACAUAAUAUUUUUGAAUAUUACAUUUGUUUUUGUUUAAUAUGAAAAUUGUUUACAUACUCCCACCCACCCCAAAAAAUAAGUAAAAUCAUAAAAAUAAAAUACAUAAGAUGAAUUUUGAGUCAAAGUUAAGGAUGUCUAAAAAAUUAAAGGAGAAAUCGGUUAUGAAACUGGUUUCAAAAGCAUGUGGCAAGUUGUAAUGUUUGAAAACCCUUUUCAACAGAAUUUGUAUGUAAUUUUUUAUAGAAAAAAUGAAAUAAAUGUGGUAUAAAA